CAGUGCAGUUUUCGCAGAGCGACGGCGACUGGCGAAUCAAACGGACGGAGCAAGCGGAGGAGUAUCGCUUCCAGUUCUCAGCCCAUCAGUUCCAGAAUCAGUUCGGAAUCUGUUUCGGAAUUGCAUCCAGACUAGGCGCUAGCACAAUACAAUACUCGAGAUCGAUUCUAUAGUUUCGUGAGAGAUCCCCGAGAUGACCUCGCGAAUGUUCAAGUUCGGCGUAACAGCCGCCAGCGCCUGCGUGGGUUCCGUGCUGGCCUCGUACACCCUGGACCGCUGGAACACCCCCCAUGUGGUCAACAAUGCCACUACACCGCCUAAGAGGAAGCGCACGCUGCCCCCACGAGGGGAUCAGAUCAAAUCCCUGAUGAGCGGCGAGGAGUUCGACGUGUUGAUCAUUGGUGGAGGAGCCACUGGAGCGGGAUGUGCCCUGGACUCGGUCACAAGAGGUCUGAAGACCGCUCUGGUGGAGCUGGAUGACUUUGCCAGCGGCACCUCUUCGCGCUCCACCAAGCUUAUCCACGGCGGAGUGCGUUACCUGCAGAAGGCCAUCCUGGGCCUAGACCUUGAGCAGUACCGCAUGGUGAAGGAGGCGCUGGCUGAGCGCGCCACCAUGCUCGAAUCGGCACCCCACUUGACCCACCCUCUGCCCAUCAUGCUGCCAGUCUACACGUGGUGGCAGGUGCCCUAUUACUGGGUGGGCAUCAAGGCCUACGAUCUGGUGGCCGGCGACCGCAACGUGAAGAGCUCGUACUACCUCUCCAAGAAGGACGCCCUCGAACUGUUCCCCAUGCUCAAGAAGGACAAGCUGUGCGGCGCCAUUGUCUACUACGAUGGCCAGCAGGACGAUGCCAGGAUGUGUCUGGCGGUGGCGCUAACUGCCGCCCGCCACGGAGCCACCGUGUGCAACCACGUGGAGGUUAAGGAGCUGCUCAAGAAGGACGACGGCACCGGCAAGCAGGUGCUGUGCGGAGCCAAGGUCAAGGACCAUAUCUCCGGCAAGGAGUUCACCGUGAAGGCCAAGUGCAUUGUGAAUGCCGCCGGUCCCUUCACGGACUCCAUCCGCAAGAUGGACAACCCGACGGUGAAGAGCAUCUGCUGCCCCAGCUCCGGAGUCCAUAUCGUGCUGCCCGGCUACUACAGCCCCGACCAGAUGGGUCUGCUGGAUCCCUCGACCUCCGACGGACGCGUCAUCUUCUUCCUGCCCUGGCAGAGGCAGACGAUCGCCGGCACCACCGACCUGCCCUGCGAGAUCACCCACAGCCCCACGCCCACCGAGGACGAGAUCCAGUUCAUCCUCAACGAGAUCAAGAACUAUCUGAACGCCGACGUGGAGGUGCGCCGCGGAGAUGUGCUCUCCGCCUGGAGCGGUAUCCGCCCGCUGGUCUCCGAUCCCAACAAGGACGACACCCAGUCGCUGGCCCGCAACCACAUCGUCCACGUCAGCCCCUCCAAUCUCAUCACCAUCGCCGGCGGCAAGUGGACCACCUACCGGGCCAUGGCCGAGCACACCAUCGAUGCGGCGAUCAAGGCCUGCAACUUGAAGCCUGAGCGCGCCGAGGCUGUUACCUCUUACCUGAAGAUUGAGGGCGGACAGGGCUGGACCCCGACCAUGUACAUCCGCCUGGUGCAGGACUUCGGACUCGAGUGCGAGGUGGCCCAGCACCUGGCCAAGUCGUACGGCGACCGCGCCUUCGCCGUGUCCAAGAUGGCCUCGCUGACCGGCAAGCGUUGGCCCAUCAUCGGCAACCGCAUCCACCCCGAGUUCCCCUACAUCGACGCCGAGAUCCGGUACGGAGUGCGCGAGUAUGCCUGCACCGCCGUGGACAUGAUCGCGCGUCGUCUGCGACUGGCCUUCCUCAACGUCCAGGCGGCCCAGGAGGCACUGCCCGUCAUCGUCGACAUUAUGGCCGAGGAGCUGGGCUGGUCCAAGGACGAGAAGGAGCGCCAGCUCAAGAACGCUACCGAGUUCCUGGCCAACGAGAUGGGACACUCGGUCAACCGCACCUCCAAGGAGCGCAUCCCCAUCAAGCUGUCCAAGGAGGAGAUCCAGACGUACAUCAAGCGCUUCCAGCUGAUCGACAAGGACAAGAAGGGCUACGUCUCCAUCAACGAUAUCCGCCGUGCCCUCAAGAGCUUCGGCGAUGCCGACGUUUCCGGCGAGCAGCUGCACGAAAUUCUGCGCGAAAUCGAUACCAACAUGAAUGGCCAGGUGGAGCUGGACGAAUACCUCCAGAUGAUGUCGGCCAUCAAGACGGGCGACGUGGCCUACUCCCGGUUUGCGCGCAUGGCGGAACUGGAGGAGCAGAAGCACGAGGCGGCCAAUCUGAAGACGAAGAUCAGCGUGGACCGAUCCGGAGGAGGCCUGUAAGAGCACAAGCGACUUAACAACGACGACCACAUCACCCGGCCAUCGGAGGCAAGGACUAGGCUUAAGAUCGAACGGUUAAGAUCAAACUUAUUUUCAUUUUGCUGUUAAUAAAAACUCUUUCAACUCACA